AUGUCAAGAGAUCUUUUUAAACCUGGAACAAUUCUUAAAACUGGAUUAAGUCAUUCAUAUCAACCUAUUAUUAUAAAUCAACAACUUGCUUGUUUAAGUUCAAAUCAUGAAAGUGAUCAAGCUUCUCCAAGAGUUACAUCUGUUUCUCCAAAUAUUGGAUCUAUGUCAAUAGAUAUGCAUAGUGUAUCAACAGAAAAAACUGAAAAUCAAAUUGAUUUAAAUCAAGUUAUUUCUAUUAUUCAAGAAAAUGAAAAUUAUUUAAAAAUGAUUGAACUUGCAUUAGAAAAUAAUACUCCUAUUCAAGCUGAAAUAUUUUUAUUAUUACAACAUAACAUGAAUAAUCUCUUAUUACUUUCUAAUUCUAUUGCUCAACCAACUCCUUUACCUUUAUUUUCUAAACAAUUAUUAUUACCUAAACAAUUAAAAGCAUUAGGAAUGAAUGAUUUUAUUCAAUCCCCUUCAUAUUUAACAUUAAUUCUUUAA